AUGACUCCUCAGAGUAAACGAAAAAGCCAUCUGAUGGUAACUCGCUUGGAUGUGUCUUUAUGUCCUGAUUAUUCAUUUGAGAUUUUGUCACCUCCAAAUACAGCAAGGAAAAAGCAUUUGAAACGAAUGACUGAGUUUCUUGAAAAUUUACCAGUGAAAAAAAUUAAGAUUGAUCCUCCAGACACCCACGACUUGGAAAACUUCCCUACUGAAGCCUUGACUCCUACACGUACCCUUCCUAAGCCAUUCAGUUUUCAUCAUCGUGAGAUUGCUUUGUUGGAAGCUAAGAAAAGACGUGGAGAGGGAGUUGAUCGUCAAAUACUAGCGAUGGCGAAUUCUUUUCACGCACAACCGAUGCCAAAAGUAUCUAAAGUUUCUCUACCUUCAAAAAAAAUUCAUAUCCCCGUUGUACCAAAGCCUUUUAAGUUUGAAACGGAUCAAAGGAUUAUCCAGUUAUCUAAACGAAGAGAGCUCGCGGAUAAGCAAGGACUUUCUCCCUCCUCAACGUGCUCUUCGAGUUCUAAUCAGUUUCAAUUUGCACUGAAGAUUCGGUCACUUCAAUCUUCUUCCAGAAAAAAGCUCACAGUCCCUCGAGCCUUUAACCUUAAAACAGCAUCUCGAGCACUUGAGCGUGCAAAAUUCGAUGCAAAUUCGUCAACUUUCGCUGAAAAAAAAAGAACUUUGGCUAAAAAUGGACGUUUCGGCAAUGAAAAUAAGCAACCUUGA